UCCACUUACCAAAAACCCUACUCUCCCUUUUAACCCAUCAUUAUUGUCAAAUUUCACUGCUUCCAAUUUAGGGUUUGAGUCGCAAUGGGUUCUCUCUGCCACGCCGAUUAUGAAAUCGCGCCGAUCAAGACCAAUCCACCUCUCGAUUCUGACGAUACUGAGGUUAUUGAGGAUGAUACACAAGCGGUGUGUCUUGCCGGUGAAACCCAAGUGAUGGAUCUCGGCGGCGAGACUCAGCUGUUGGACUGCAUUGGGGACAUGGAGACUCAGUUACUGGAUUUGGAUGAUCGGGUUGUUAGUGACAGUGAAGGGGAGGACUCGGAUGCCACUCAGCUUUUGGAUGUCGAGGAGGAGGUGUCCAUGAGAAGAGGUGAGGGGGAGUUGGUGGUUGAGGAGAGAACUCAAUGCCGUGAGAAGAGGCUGAUGCAGCAAGAGAGUCGUUUGGUCGAUGAAGAACAUAAUGCAGGGCUUCAUGUUUCUACUACAACACCUGUGGUUGAAGAGUCCCCAGAACUGAAAUCUGGAUAUGUGCGCAUGCAUUUCACUUCUGUCCGAGCAGCAUCCUUGCGGGCCUCUGGUCUAGCGGCUCGGAACAACAGUGGGUCUCGUUAUUCUUUGGAGCACCUUACAACUGUAGGUGGUGAGGAAGACAAUCAGGGAAAUGAUAUGGGUCGGAACAAUGAUAAAGUAAAAAGUUCAAGGGUUUGCAGUUCAACAGUGAGAAAACUUUUUACUGACAAUCCAGAAGCUGAAAUUGAGGAGUUUCCUCAUGAGAGUAAUAGUUUUGAAGAAUGUGAAGACUUGCUUCAGUUGCCUUCUUGUGAUUUGGCAGGGUUAAGCUAUGCUGAUUCUCAAGAACCUGGAGAGUUAUCACAGGCUAAUGCUCUCAAUUUUGUGGAUAAGUUUCUCCAAGAUAAUGUUGAGGAGUUUGAUAAAGAAGGAGAGUGCAGAAAGAGUUCUAAGAAAAUUACAAAAGUUGUCUCAAGUGCAAAAGGGCCACAAAUAUUGGCGAAGAAAGCCAAUGAGAUAAGCUUAGUUACAGAUGCAGGCAUUUAUGAGUGGGAUGAUAAUCGUGAGGAUGAAGGAGGAGGUGAAUUGUUUCGCCGGAAAAGGACAGACUUCUUUAGUGGUGGAAGUCAUGGGUCGAAAUCUCUUCCCCAACCUUGGAAAGUGAAAAGGAACAGAGCGGACGAGCCGCAUGAUAACAAACAAACCUUACAGGGAAAGAACAAGAAAGUUGGUGCAGUUCAUUCUGAUUCCAAAUUGUUGGUGCAGAAUUCAAAAGCCAGUGAGGUGAUGGAAUGUGAAGAUGAAAUGAGACACAAAAGGAAUCUCACUAAUGAGUUUGAUGAACAGUUCAAUAUGUGCUCCACUAGAGGACAGUUGGAUGCUCAUGUUAAUAAGCCCCAGGUGCCUGAAAUGCUAAAUGUAGGUUUUGAUACUCAAAUAGCUGCUGAAGCUAUGGAAGCCUUAUUCAACGGUGAAGGAAUUUCCAAUUGUGAGGUCAAUAAUGCUAUUCACAGAAACUCACCUGAAGGUUCAAUGGGAGAAAAGAGCAAGAACACAAGUGUGAAGAAACCCCCUUCUCGAAAAAGAGCACACCUUUCUGAUGCAGGGGUUGAUUCCCGAAAAUCCCAACAAGCCAAGAAAACAAGGAGGGUUGAUCCUAACUCAAUUGAAGAUUCCUCAAUAGCACCUCUGGAAAAUUCUAAGAAUGCCAGGAAGCGGCAUGAAUCUGCAUUGGUGAUAAUAAAAUCAAAGAAGGCCGAGUCACGUGCUGCAAAACACGUAAAUAUCAGUCAGAGGAAAGUCUCAGAGAGAACACUGUCUGUUUCCAUUGAUCGAGGCACAGAAGGAUCUAAAAAACAGAAUUUACAACAUGGUGGUACCUUUACACCCAUUGCAUGUCGAACUAGGCAGUCUAUGCUGGUGAAUCAGUUCAAUGAAGCUGAAAAUCCAUCCAGUGAUUGUGGAGACGAGUCUAACAAUGUGAUGGAGGAUGUUGCUGGUGUUCAGUUGAGUGAAAACUCUUCAAAGCUGGGUCUGAAUCAAGCUAGCAGGGUUGGAAACACAAAACAAAACCAAAACGAGCAUGCAGAUGUUAAUUUUGAAGCUGUUGGUAACGGUGUCAAGUUGGAUGGGUUAAGCUUUCCUAGAGGACAAAGAUCUCGGCGAAUUUUGUCCAGCAAGGUUCAUGGCCCUGGUAACUUAGAUGUUCCAUCUGAGCCAUCUAUUCAGCCACAGAAAUUUGGAAACUAUGGCACUAGGCGCAAGAGGUCACAGGAUGCUAGAAGCACUACUGUUGAUAAUACGUUUAAAAGAGAAACACGAUCUUCCACACGUGGAUCUCUUGUAAAUAAGAAUUUGGAAGAAAAUUUUGCACAGAAAAACUUAGACAAAGGAGGUUGUGAUGGUGCUCCCCCUCAUUGUAAUUCUUCUCAUAACGAUGGGAAAACAAUCUCAGAGAAGAUAAUUGUGGAGAAGACUGUUUGGGUCCCUGACAGGUUGCAUGAUGCAACACCCUCUUCUGUUAAAAUGAGGGAUGAAUCCCCACGUCAGAAAGGUAGCUGUCAACAAUCCGAUGCAGCAUGUAAUACUCCGGUUAACCACAAUAAGGUGGUUGUGAAUGAUGCGUCUCCUGUUUGUAUGGGUAAUGAAUAUUUCAAACAGUCAUGCAAGAGGAGCCUAUCAAGGCCGAGCCUUUUGAAAGAACUUCGUGACUUGAGUUCACUUGAGUAUGAACCAACUUCAGCAUCAAAGGAUUUAAGGAGGAGGAGAGACAUGACUGAUGUUCGAGUACUAUAUAGUCACCACUUGGAUGAGGACAUAAUUAAGCGGCAGAAAAAGGUUUUGGGCCGACUAGGAGUUUCUGUUGCAUCCUCUAUGACAGAUGCCACACACUUCGUAGCAGAUCAGUUUGUGCGAACAAGGAAUAUGUUAGAAGCUAUAGCUACUGGGAAACCAGUGGUCACACAUUUAUGGCUAGAGAGCUGUGGACAAGCUAACUGCUUCAUUGACGAGAAAAAUUACAUACUAAGGGAUUCUAAAAAGGAGAAGGAGUUUGGAUUUAGCAUGCCAGCUUCACUGGCACAUGCAUGCCAAUAUCCACUUUUAAAGGUAAAUCUUAAGUUUGUGUCGGAUCGGAAAGUCUUUAUCACCCCAAAUACAAAGCCUGGUAAAGAAACGAUUUCGAGUCUGGUUAAAGCAGUCAAUGGCCAGGCAGUGGAGAGAAUUGGCAGAUCUGCUUUGACGGCUAAUCAGAUUCCAGAUAAUCUGUUGGUUCUAUCUUGCGAAGAAGAUUAUGAAAUUUGUGUGCCUUUACUUGAAAAAGGAGCUGCAGUUUACAGCUCAGAGCUGGUAUUGAAUGGGAUUGUUACUCAAAGGCUGGAAUUUGAAAGACAUCGCCUUUUUACUGAUCAAGUUAAGAAAACCCGGUCUACCAUAUGGUUGAGGAAAGAUGGCAAUAAGUUCCAGCCAGUGUCCAAAAAAUAAAUAAGGUGGUACCUCUAUUUAUUAAUAUCCUUCCUCAGAUUUCCAGUUUCUCCUUGGCCAUAUUUGUUAGGUACGAGGUUGGUCUGCAUUCAUAUUCAAGUUAUGUUAUCUUUGUAUUUCCAUGUAAAAAAGUAGUUAUGCUGUAUAUAACCGAAAAUGUGUAAUUUCUCUUUUCCUUGUAGUACUCCUAUAUUGGGGUUAUGUAGCUAGUGCAUAAUGGAUCAAGGGAUGUGAACAUAUACUGGAGUGUAUACUAGUUAGUUUGUUCUACCCUUCAAUAAGAGUUCCAAAAGAGAUUAUUUUAU